AUGAAGUUCUUACCCUCUCUCGUCGUCCUCGGUCUUUCUACCCAGGCUCUUGCGAGCUCUUACGUCGAUUAUGUUACUAAGGACCAGCAUGGUCUUACUGUUUAUGAGAUGGUCAUAAAUAUCAUUAACACCACUACCUCAGACUUCAAUACCCGGAUUCAGAGUUACCAGGGUGGUGAUCUCAGCAGCAUUCUCGAAGGCUGUAAUCAAGUUACCCAAAUAAUGAAGCUUGGGGCUACGAUACUCGAUCAGCAAACAACGAAACCCCUUACCAAUAAUGAGUGGCUUAGCCUCCUCUCACAUAUGGAGAAAAAGGGUGGUUUAGAAGAUAUGUUGAAAAUGGCUAUAAAUACUCUUAUCCUGAAGAAGUCACUUAUUCUUGAUUCUGGUUUGGGUUCUAAGCUUGGGUUAGCGCUUUACAGUCAGCAGAUGGCUUCUAUAGACCUCGGUGCUAAGUUCUUUGAGAAGACCCCCCCAGGAAAGGUCGAAGAUUUCAGAGAACACUGGUUUAAGAACAUCAUGUGGGUCAUCGGGCGAGGUGUUGAUACCUUUGAUAAAUCUACCCAUCACGCGACAAUACCUACCUUACCCCCUAGAGGUGCUAUGGCGACUAGUAAUUCGCCUGCUAUCCCUACUUUUACUGAUGCUGCUAGUGCUAACUAG